AUGGCGGCUUCUCUACUGCUCCGCAGCGGCCUAUCGGCCUCCAUCGCACCGCGCUGCUCGCCCUCCGCCACCCACAGUAAGCCCGCCCUUCUCGCGGACCGCCUCUCCUCCUCCGCGGCCUUCGUGCCCUCCUCCCGUCGACACCGCCUUCACCUCCCCGCGCACCGACCAUCCGCGCGUGUGAACCAGCACCGCCACGCGCCCGCCGCGCCCAGGGCAUCCGUGCAGACCGUCGAAGCUGCGCAAUUGCCGCAGACCUGGUCCGCGUUUUCCGCCGCAAUCACCGGGGAAUGGGCGGGGUACUCAUCGGACUUCUGCCCCGACGGGAUAGAGACGGAGAUCCCAAGGGAGGCCAUUCCGCCGCCCUUUUGCGACUGGGGCCUCGCGCUCUUCGCGUGGCAAGCGCACAGCUCCACUAACGCGGAUGCUUCUACCGGGGAAGUCCAAACCGUCUCCGAGCGCUUCCUGCCGUCGCUUGGCUUUGGCGGCGGCGGCGGCGCGGCGUCGCGCUACAGCGUGGAUCGGCGCGCGGCGGGGAUCGGGCAGGACGCGGCGGGCGUGCUUGGCUUCCGCGACGACGGCUGCUACGCCGUCGCCUGGCCCGGUAAAUCCGUUUCCGAGCCUGCUUCCGAGCCUGGCGUGAACGCGGCUCACGUAGUGGUUCGGCAGGGCAGCGGCAGCGGCGACGCGUCGCAGUUCUUCGAGUUGGAGCACUGCCUCGUCGCGGAAAACCCGGACGCGCAGACCGACGGCAAGCCCGAGCGCGUGCGCGUGCGCGUGGUGCAGCGUUUUCAGAAGGGCGCGGGGGCGGCGGGCGGGGUGGGGGACGAGGGGCACCUGCCGCAGCUGCUGGGCAUGACGCUGUUCCGCGAGCGGUGGGUGGGCCAGUGGCGCGCCGAGCCCGACGGCGCGAACGAGUCGUCGGAGUUCGCGGAGGGCCCGCCCGUGGGCAUCGAGGCCGUGGAGGGGCGCUGGCUCGCCUCCGCCAUGCGCGCCGACCUCAAACUGGGCGACGAGUACGGGCGGCGGGGGGCGGUGGUGGAGCUCAAGCCGGCCGGCACUGAGGAGGUCACCAGGGAGCUCACAGACGAAGGUUCCGUGCUGCUUCCUCAGGGCGUGUGGUCGAGGGUGCUGCCAACGCCCAGUGGCGGGGUGAUCCUCAAGGCGGGCUGGCUUGUGGAGGCCGACAGGGCCAUCGUCUCUCGCUUUGACUACUCCGCCCAGGGUCAUCUCGAGCACAUCACGAUAUCAACAGAGACGCGCAUCAGCAAGAGACCAUGA